CCCACGUUCAAUCGUGCGAGCCAGCGCCAAAACGGUUGCUGUCCAGUCGCAUGCUCCAUGACCCACUAACAAGUUGUGCUCUUUAGUCACGCGGCUUGCGCCAAUAUGCUUAGCAGCUAGUAUAGAGACCAUUGCAUAAGGUCGCUGCAGCAUCGGCGGGCGGGAGGCGAAAGGUGCUCAAACUUGGUGCCAUCGAUAUGGCGUGUUGCGGUCCGCCGCAGAGCCAGCGCGACUACGAUGACUGGCGCUACCCGCGCCAGCUCGAGUGGAAGCGGCUAAUCACUGGCGAAGAUGUUUCUCUCAUCCUGGAGCCGGUGUCGAUGUCGUUCGAGGCGACGCUACUGCCCUCGACAACAGUCGAGGUUCCUAACCCCAACCACACGCGCUCGGCGCAGCAGUGGUUCAGGAGCCUGCCAGACGACACAGCCCGGGCCAUCAUGCAGACGCGGCGGAGCAUGAUGCGCGAGCAGUCCAUCAGUGACGCGGUGAUGGACAUGACGCCCAAGCCGCCCUGCAGGGAGCCGCGACCCACGGCGGAUCAGGUGUUGGACCACCUCGAGGCGAUGCAGAACUACUACACAGCCAUGACCGGCAAGAGGCCGCCGGGCGCGCCGCCGGCAGGACAGCAGCGGCCCGGCACCGCCGGGCCGCGCCGCCGCCCGGGCGCCUACCCGGGCGGCGUGGGCAUGCAGCAGCAGCGGCCGGGCACGGCGCCGCCUCAGGGCAGCGGCACGCGCGCGGUGCACCAGCUGGGUGUGAAGCUGGGUGUGUCGCAGCCCGCCACGCAGCCGCUGGUGGACCCGCGGCUGCACACGCACUCCAACGGCCUGCCGCCGCCCGUCAUGCUGCUCAUCGCGCAGCAGCAACAGCAGCAGCAGGCGGGCGGCCUGCCGGGCGCGUUCGGCAGCCCUGUGUCAAUGGCGGGGCAGCAGACGCAGACGCAGCCACAGAGCCGCUUCGCGUCGCUUGUGAGAUCCAUAAGCCCCUUCAAGCGCGGCCAGCAGCCGCAGCCGCAGCCGGGCCAGGCCGCGGCGGCGGCCGGUCCCGCAGUGGACCCCAACGCGCCGUGGUACAAGCGCGUGUUCCGCCGCGGCGGCACGCCCGGCGACGGCUCUGACCCGGCUGCAGUUGCCGCGGCCGCGGCGGCCGCAGCGGCUGGCCAAGUGGACCCUGCCGCGGCUGCGGCCGCCGGCGGCCUCGCCACCGGGCCGCUGCCGCUACAGCCACUGGGGCCGGCGCAGCAGCUGCAGCAGCUGCAGCAGCCGGGGGUGAUGCCCCUGGACCAACAGGCGCAGGUGAUGGCGCAGAUGCAGGCGCAGAUGGCGGGACUGCAGCUGCAGCAGCAGCAGGCGGCGCAGCAGGCGGCGGCGGCGCGGGCGGCGGCCGCCAUGCUGCAGCCGCCGCCUCCGUUCCAGCAGCAGCAACAGCAGCUCACGUACCAGCAGCAGCUGCAGCAGCAGCAGCAGACACAGGCGCAACAGGUGCAGGCGCAGCAGCAGGCGGCGCAGCAGCUGCAGAAUGCGGCGCAGCAGCAGCAGGCCUACCUACAGCAGCAGCAAGCACAGCUCGCGCUGCAGCAACAGCAGCAGGCCACGGCGCAAGCCCAGGCGCAGGCAGCCUCCGCUCAGAACUACCAGCUGCAGCAGCAACAACAGCAACAACAGCAGCAGGCGCAAGCACAGGCGUACCAGCUGCAGCAACAACAGCAAGCGCAAGCACAAGCUUACCAGCAGCAGCAGCAAGCACAAGCGCUGGCCUACCAGCAGCAGCAACAACAACAGCAAGCGCAAGCACAAGCUUACCAGCAGCAGCUGCAGCUGCAGCAGCAGCAGCAGCAGCAGCAGCAGCAGCAGCAGCAAGCACAAGCGCUGGCCUACCAGCAGCAGCAACAACAGCAAGCGCAGCUAGCGCUGCAGCAGCAGCAGUCGGUGGCGGCGUCCGCCGCCGCCAUCGCCGCCGGCCAGCUGCAGCCGCCGCUCAUGCCGCCUCUCCCACCGCCAGGGCAGCCGCAGCUGCAGCUGCUGGGCGGGCCGCCGCCCUCCACUCUGGGGCUGGCCCCGCCGCUGGCACCACCCCUGGCGCCGGCACCCCUGGCGCGGCCCUAUCCUAGCGACUUGGGCUAUGGCCUGGACCAAGAGAUUGAGACUGUCAGCGCAGCGCUGCCGCCACCGGGGCUGCCGCCGGCGCCGCCAGGCGCACGCCGCACCGCGGCGCUCGUCAACGGCGCCGCUGGCGGUUUCGGCCUUGAAGCCGACGUUGCGGAGGCGGUGGCGGCGCCGCCGCUGCCGCUGCCGCUGGCCCCGCCGCCGCUGGGCCGGCCGCCGCCGCGCGGCGGCGGCAUCAUCCCGGGUCCUUCGCCUCUGUCGUACGGCGGCGGUCUGGAUGACUUGCCUGAGGAGGCCUUGGACGCCACCGCCACGGCGGCGGAGCAGCGACUGGGGCUGGCGCCGCCGCCGCCGCUGGCGCUGCAGCGGCCGCCGCCGCCGCCGCAGCUUGACAUUGGUGCGGACCCUUUCGGCUCGGCAGGGCCCGCGCCACGGCGCAUCCAGCGCGCGCCGGAGGCCGGAGGGCUGGGCGGGGUGGCGGAGGACGUGGAGGAGGAGUUCGGCUUGGGUGCGGACAUUGGGGCAUCCCAGUUGGGUGGAGGGGCGUUGGGCGGCCGCCCUCCAGGCUUGCCGCCAGCGCGCGCGCUGGCAAGCGCGGCAGCUGCGCCUGGUAUUGAUUCUUUCAGCUUUGGCGGCCGCAGCGACUCGGUGGGGAGCAUUGCUACGCCGGCCAAGCUGCAGCAGGCGGGCGGGUUGCCGACGCCCUCAAAGCUUCCGGCGUCGCGGUUUGGUGCAGCUGGCGCCAGUGGCGGCAAUGGGGGUUUGUUUGCGGACGAGUUUUAGUGCUGGUUGGUGGCUGGAUUUACGAGUGGCUGUGUGUGCGCCGGUUGGCAACUGUUGCAGCAGCCGGACGGCUUGCUGGGGCUGGCGAAGGGGCCACGUUCUGGCAGGCUUCCAGUGCCGUUACGUUGCGGCGGUUAGGGAAGGCGUGCGGAACCUCCAUAAACCCUGCAGCUUAGGCAUCCUCUGCAUAUGUCCUAGCCACAGGCAUGAGCUAGGCGCGACGUGUGUCCUCUUCUCACCAAAACAAGUUUUGUAUCUGCCGCUUUGCGAUGAGGGCUCGAGCGGUCGCAGUCUCAUUUGAACUGCUUUUUGUAAGGAACGCAUUCA